AUGGCCGCACAUCGGGGCAUUGAGGGGAUGUCCAGCUGUAGAAUGAACAUUGUGUCCAUUCUGAAUAAUGAUGAUAACCCAUCUUUUGCGGUCCGUUCCGCUCCUCGACUUAGUCGGAAUCACACAUCACCAUCAUUUUAUCCACAUCAUUCAGAGACACUACCCCCGACCAUUAGCGACCCACAGUACACCCGUCCCCAAGCUUCAUCCGAAUCUCCAGCAUCAUCGCCACAGGGGACUAGGCAUCACUCGGACGCGAUGUCGGAAGUCGCCCAGCCCGUUUCGCCCGGGUCAUCCGACGGAUCAGCUUAUGACUAUAUCACCAGUCAGCCAUCACCUUAUCACCCGUAUGCCCGACAGGAUCCGCGACGGGAACCAUACCGAUUCCCUGCUCGUGGUCCAGCAGCUCCCCGAAUACCACCUGAGACACGUUCAAGCACAUCCGAAAAGGCUUCUUCUCAGACUGGAGCGACACGCGGCACAGGGCGAAAGAAUAAGUACCCGUGUCCCUAUGCCGUGAGCCAUGGAUGCUCUUCCAACUUUACGACUUCGGGCCAUGCUGCGCGCCACGGAAAGAGACACACUGGCGAAAAAAGUGCGUUCUGUCCAAUUUGUAAUAAAGCCUUUACUAGGAAAGACAAUAUGAAACAGCACAUCCGGACUCACCGCACGCACUCGGAUGAGAUGCGCUCCACUUCGGAGCCAGAGUCUGGUGCCGGAUGGGAGAUGGCUCAUCCCGGCUCGCCAUAUGCCUCGGCUUCCCACUAG